UCCAAACUUGCAGACAGGACAGGGAGCAGUAAAGGACGAGUUCCCGGGAAGCCCUUUAAAUUGAAAGGAAAAGAAGCAGGGCUGGUGGCAGAGAGGUGUGCCAGGUCCCAGGCAGCCCUACUGGCCCCUAAGGACAUAGAGUACCUGCUUCUGAGAGGGCUGCCAGGGUGGCUACCGGUGAAGCCUGUCACCCAGAACUGGAUGUACCUGGCUUUCUUCAUAGACCCAUCUUCUGCUGGGACCGAAGUUGACCUACAACAGGAGCUGGGCAUCAUGGUACCCUCAAUGCCUAGCCCAGUGCCUGCCAUUGGGCGGCAGCCCAGCAUUGCUCGGGAGUGCAGACAGACCUGGUCUUACCCCAUCUCACGGAGCACAAAACCGACUUGCCUCUGUUAAACAGGGAGCCUCUUCGUCAAAGUUCCUCAGGUCUCACAGGCCCACAGACGGAAGCUGGGUUACUUGACGCUCCUUUCUGGGUCCAGGUAAGCCCUUGGGAGAGGAUGGCCCAUGUGGGGGACUACACGCAGACGCCCUGGCUCCCCGUCCUGGUGGUGUCUCUGAUGUGCUCGGCCCGAGCGGAAUACUCAAACUGCGGCGAGAACGAGUACUACAACCAGACUACGGGGCUGUGCCAGGAGUGCCCCCCUUGCGGGCCAGGGGAGGAGCCCUACCUGUCCUGUGGCUACGGCACCAAAGACGAGGACUAUGGCUGCGUCCCCUGCCCGGCGGAGAAAUUUUCCAAAGGAGGCUACCAGAUAUGCAGGCGCCACAAAGACUGUGAGGGCUUCUUCCGGGCCACCGUGCUGACGCCGGGGGACAUGGAGAACGACGCUGAGUGUGGCCCUUGUCUCCCUGGCUACUACAUGCUGGAGAACAGACCCAGGAACAUCUACGGCAUGGUCUGCUACUCCUGCCUCCUGGCGCCCCCCAACACCAAGGAAUGUGUGGGAGCCACUUCAGGAGCUUCUGCCAACUUCCCUGGCACCUUGGGCAGCAGCACCCUAUCUCCCUUCCAGCAUGCCCACAAAGGUUCCCAAAGUAGUAGAAGCAAGAGCAAACUCCCCAGGAACAACCAGAUGACCCCAGAGAAGUCUGGAGAGGCCAGUCUGAGGGCAGGCUGCAGUACUGGUCUGGCAGCCAAAACCAACGCGGAGGACUUGGUUCUCAGUCUAAAACUCUCAGGCCAAGGACACCUGGCCACUGCCCUGAUCAUUGCAAUGUCCACCAUCUUCAUCAUGGCCAUCGCCAUCGUCCUCAUCAUCAUGUUCUACAUCCUGAAGACAAAGCCCUCUGCCCCAGCCUGUUGCACCAGCCACCCGGGGAAGAGUGUGGAGGCCCAAGUGAGCAAGGACGAGGAGAAGAAAGAGGCCCCAGACAACGUGGUGAUGUUCUCUGAGAAGGAUGAAUUUGAGAAGCUGACAGCAACUCCAGCAAAGCCCACCAAGAGCGAGAACGAUGCCUCGUCUGAGAAUGAGCAGCUGCUGAGCCGGAGUGUGGACAGUGACGAGGAGCCCGCCCCUGACAAGCAGGGCUCCCCGGAGCUGUGCCUGCUGUCGCUGGUUCACCUGGCCAGGGAGAAGUCUGCCACCAGCAACAAGUCAGCCGGGAUUCAAAGCCGGAGGAAAAAGAUCUUGGAUGUGUAUGCCAACGUGUGUGGAGUCAUGGAAGGUCUUAGCCCCACGGAGCUGCCAUUUGAUUGCCUCGAGAAAACUAGCCGAAUGCUCAGCUCCACGUACAACUCUGAGAAGGCUGUUGUGAAAACGUGGCGCCACCUCGCCGAGAGCUUCGGCCUGAAGAGGGAUGAGAUUGGGGGCAUGACAGACGGCAUGCAGCUCUUUGACCGCAUCAGCACAGCAGGCUAUAGCAUCCCUGAGCUGCUCACAAAACUGGUGCAGAUUGAGCGGCUGGAUGCUGUGGAGUCCUUGUGUGCAGACAUACUGGAGUGGGCGGGGGUUGUGCCACCUGCUACCCAGCCACAUGCUGCAUCCUGAAAAGCAUGCCUGUGGGUUGUCCUCCCAGGACAAGCCAAGGAUCAAUGAGGGCUCUGGAGCUGUAAGUGGUGCCAAAAGACUGCCAAGAAUCAAGGCUUUUGUGAUGUCACCAUGUGCCUUAGGAUGUUCAAGGAGCCAGAUGAAAUAAGGCCUGUCUUCCAAUUUAACCAAAGAUAAAGGACUAGAGCUGGGCUACUUUCAGAUGCUCACCUGUACCUCACCAGGCAGAGUAAAUAUCCACUCACGCCGGGCGCGGUGGCUCAAGCCUGUAAUCCCAGCACUUUGGGAGGCCGAGACGGGCGGAUCACGAGGUCAGGAGAUCGAUACCAUCCUGGCUAAC